CCUCUCUUGAGGAAUUGGCAAAAGCUUGCUAUUUUUCUCCUCUUUUCUUGUUCAAAAACAAGAUUUAGGGCCUAUAACUCCCUCUAAAGCCAAGGAAUUUUCAGAUCUGCAGCUGCUCCCCCUGUCCGCGAGCUGCUCUUGCCGGUGGGUGUGUAAUUUCGGUUUUCUGGUAUGAAUUAACCAUAAAAUCAUCCCUUUAGCCUUGAUUCAAGUUGGGUUACUCUAAUUUCCUUUUUUUUUUCCUUCAAUUUUGUGUUAGUUCUCUCCAAUUCCCGUUAGCCAUCCACACUGCCAGCUCCGAUUUCAGCUUGCCGAAAUUUUCUGGUAUGAUGGACAACAUCCUUUAAGUCCAAUUUCGCCCAUUUAAUUGCUGAAAUUGUCCAUGUAAUUGCUGCCCCUGUAUUGUUCACAUUUCUGUUGAAAUAUAGAAGAAAUUGGUGGCACUUCAAGUUGUGUUUUUUAGUUUAAUUCAAGUAGAAAUCCCUUGAUUUAGCUGAUGUGAGCCAAAAAAAGAAGGGGAACCCAGCCAUGCUUGAGAAACCGGUGAGAAAGCUUGGUUUUUGGCCUUCUUUUCUUGCUCUAGAACACUUCUAGAACCCAGAAAUCUCUCCCCCUUUGCUGGAAAAUCCGGAUCUGCUCUGCUCUUCCUUUUCACCGCCGGCUGCUCCUGCUUUGUGGGUGUGAUUUGUUCGGUUUUUUGGUAAGAAACAGCCAUGAAUCUCCCUUCUCUAGCUUUGAUUGCCUUGGGUUUAUGUUAAUUGCUCUUAUUUCCUUGAAUUUUGGGUUAAAGCCGUGAGCUUUCUUCUUCCAUGCCGCCGGCCUUCUUCCCCAAUCUGCUAGCUCCGGUUCCUUGCUUGUAAAUUUUGAAAAAUGGGGGGAAUUUUGGUAGCCUUUGAGCAUGUUUUAAGCUUGGUUUAAGUGUAAAUUAGCUUGAUUAAUUGUUGUGAUUUUUGGAGAGAAAAUCCCGUGAGAUUAGCUAGUGUUUUGGCCAAUUUGUGAAAGUCGGGGUUACUGUUCACGUCGGGUCACUGUUCACGGACACUGUUCACCGGUUACUGUUCAUACCCCGAGGGCCAACAUUUAACGGGAAUUUAAGUGAUUAGUUUGUGAUAUGAGAACGAAUUUGGAGAUGUCGGAUCAUGUGGAAAGUGAUAGAAAUAGCAUUGUGAUUAGGAAUAAUCCUAAUGAUGAUUUCCGUGUGAAUUUGUGAUAGUGGUAUUAAUUCUUGAAAUAUUUUGAUUAGGUUCCCGAUCGUUCUGUCAGUUAGCACUGAGAUUGAGUGCUCGGUUUUAUGCAAGUGAGGUAAGUAAAUUUAUGGUAAUGCCCGUACUGUUUUAAAAGCAUGUUUUGAUUUGUUUUUGAAGUGGUGGCUGGACUAAACCCGUUUUACACAAGUAUGACUGAUUUGAAGUGAAAUGUUUUGUGCUUUUCAUGAAAUUGAGCAUGCCUACUUGAAAGUGAUUGUGAACUGUCCUGAUGAUCUGAAAGUGAUUGUGAAUUGUGAUUUUCCUGUUAACUUCUACCUGUUUUGUCUCCGAUAUGAUCAUGUUAUUCGUGUGCCCGCUAGUGGGAGGUUUAUAAACGCUAGCACAUGUCGACAUGUUAGUGAAAGAGCCGGAGACGUCUAUUUCGUGCCCGUACUGUAUCCGUUUUUCGUGAUUGCACAUGUUGGCAUGCUAUGAGUUUAAUUAAGGGCAAUCCAUAUUUUACUUACUGAGUUUAUCUCAUAGUUUUCCUUGUCCACCAUUUCAGGAAGUGAAACCGAGGACGGGGAAAUCACGGGAAGUGACGAGUUAGAAGGCUAGCCAUAUUGUAAUUGGAUAUAAAUUUUAGAUAUGAAUCAUGAUCUUGUAUUCGGAGAUUUUAUGAUAUCAGAGAGAAUUUUAUAAUUUGAUCUUCAGAUUUUGGUGUGACCACAACUAAGCUUCUCUUGAACCUGAAUUAUGUUUACCAUGCCUUGAUAAUCAUCCAAGCUUCGAUUUGCUUGUUGUAUGUUGUUAUCAACCCAGAUCUGCUCAAUAAGGCCAUUUAAAGCUU